UUGAACCGUUUUGGCGGGUUUGAGCGUCGCUGACGUUGAAGCGCUCCAGCUCACGGCGCUGAGGGAAACUCCUCUGCUGGUUGUUCGGACAGGGGGAGCGCUGCACUGCUCACCGGCUGCUGAGUGUGAACUUCCUGGUCCCGGACAGAUGUGCGCAGCUCUCAGCCAAUCAGAGCACAGAUAGAGCGAGCGGACCAAUCACAGCUCUGGGAUUCGGAGCCGUUUCCACCAAUGGCGUGGCGCCGUGAGGCCGCUGGUUAGACGGAGGCGGCUCGCUGCCGGAGGACCGCAGUGCAGCGAGCCGCCUGCAUCCCGCUCUCUCCUCCGGACAUGGCCCAGAGAACCACCCAGCUCCCCGGCUCUCAGACGGCCCCCCACCACAUGGACCCAUAAAGAUGUCCACGGAUGACAGCGUCUCUGAGGACGUGUCCACCUCGGGGGCCCUGAGCCACGGCCAUGACGGCGAGGCGUCCCUGCCGUCCUCCGAGGACACGGCCGCCCGGGGAGGACGCUCCGGGGGGGGCGCCGGCGAGCGCAGGGCCGGCGGAAUCUCACCAGCAUGCAGCAAGAUCAGGGAGUUGUGUCUGAGCACUGAGGAGGCGCUGCAGCGGCAGAAGAACCUUCCGUGUCAUUCAACCCCAGUUCUCUGGAGACGCUCCGUGGCUCUGGUCCAGGAGAUCCGGAGCAGCGGGGAGACCGAUCCCGAGAUCUGGAAGGACUGUGAGUUACAGCGGGGCCGAUGGCUGCACCUGUUCCAGCUGGUGGAGAAGCAGUACCAGUAACAGGAGCAGAUCCGGGCCCAGCAGGAGCAGUACCAGAUCGUGUUUCUGUGGUUCCAGCUGAUCCAGGAUGAGAUCAAGGCCCUGGUCCAGCUCCAGAACCGCCAGGCCAGCGUUCCGCCGCACUCGGACUCCCCGCCGCCGGAGACCAAACCAGCCGCAGAGAUCCUGCCCCUCGCCGCCCCCCAGACCAUCCCUCAGACCGUCCCUCCUGACCACACGGCCUUCAGCUCGCCGUCGCCGCCGCCGCACGGACCCGACCCUGACCCUGACCCCGACCGGCGGGCCGGAGAGCGCACCGCCACCGUGCUCAGCAGCGGGUACGGGACGCUGUCCGCCUGGGAGUCCUCCGGCCUGGAGCCCGCCGGGUCCCCGGGCGCGAGGAGGACGAGGAGAACGAGGAGGAGGGGGGGCGAGCGAGGGGCGGCGCUCUACUGCAGCCUCCAGCAGGAAGUCACGACCAGAAGAGGAAUCGAACCCUCAACCCAGCAGGGCACCAGCAGAAACCCUCCAGCAGCUCCAGCCAGCAGCAGCCACCUCCUGGGCCCAGAGGACCAGACUGAGACCCAGGCGGGGCCGAGCAGGACCAGCAGGACAGCAGAGGCCCGGGAGCAGCCUCCAGAGACACACCCAGACCCCCAGGACCAGCCCCCAGCAGCUGGAGCCAGAUGUUUCCCCCUGAGGAGGAGCGACAGUCUGACCUCCGACACCUCGGGCCUGACCUACUGGCGACUGAACGGCGACCUCUACCGACCCCUGCCCGACAGCUUCGACAGCGGCGCCUUCCUGCUGCUGCAGGACGCCUCGCCCAGCCCGACUCCGUCUCAGGAGCCUCGUCUGUCCCUCCGAGAAAUCUACCAGAACAAGCAGCGAGAGGACUGGAGACGCUGCGACUGGGACGGGUCCGGCCCGUCUUCCCCCCAGGUCUUCACCCUGGACCCGGCGGCGAGCACCCGCCAGUCGGACCGGACCUCCGGCUUCACCUCGCCCUCCCACUUCAGCAGCCCGUCGUUCGCCGCCCCGCCCCACCCCUCCCCCUCCGGUCCCCCCUCCCCCUCCCCGAGGGCGGGGUCGCCCGGCAGCCCCCACCCGGGAGACACCGACUGCACGUCUGACGCCUCCGCCGCCGGAGCCCCGCCCCCGCCGCCCGGGGCUCCUGGGGCCACGCCCCCCCCGCAGAGGGGGGGCAGCGAGGAGGAGGGGAGCCACACCCACACCAGCACCCUGAAGCCCCCCCCGGCCCCGGAGGACCCGGUGGUCCUGUCUCUUCUGAGGCAGAACCUGCGGCAGAAGCACUCCAGACACCUGGCGGACCUGAAGGCGUUCUACGAGGCCGAGAUCCAGACCCUGAGGGACCAGCUGAGGCUCAGCGAGCCGCAGGAGCAGGCGGAGCGGGAGAACCGGGAGCUGAGCCUGAGGUGCCAACAUCUGGAAGCAGCUGUGUCUGAAGCCAGCGCUCGGGUCCAGCAGCUGGAGGCGGCCAACGCCAGUCUGGAGAAGAAGCUGGCCGAGUGGCCGGAGCGCCACGCCGCCGCCACCGCCGCCCUGCAGCAGCGCCUGGACCAGAGCAGACGGUCCGGCAGGGACAAGGACGGCCUGGUGGCCCGGCUCAGGACCCGGGUCCAGCAGCUGGAGGAGGAGGCGCAGGAGCAGGAGGAGCGGCGGGGGAGGGGGGACAGGAUGCUGCAGGAGCUGCUGGGAGAAUACGACGCUCUGAUGAAGGAGCACCAAGGCACCAAGAGCGACCUGGCGGCGGCGGAGAACAGGCUGCUGGACGCCAACGACCAGAUCUCCGACCUGAAGAGACUGGUCUCUAAGCUGGAGUCUCAGGUGAAGCAGAUGGAGCAUGAGAACCAGGCCAGAACCCGGUUCUCCGUCCACAGCAGCUCGCAGCCGUCCGGGGCGGGCCUCUUCCACCACCCCGACCUGCUGCUGGCGCCCUCUAAGGGCCAGACGGAGCCAGACGUCACCCGCAGGAAGUCCCCCGGCGGAGACAGGAAGCGUCCCUCCCAGAAGCCCCCGUCACGCCGGUCUGAGGACCAAUCGGGGAGCAGCUCAGUGGAGGCGGCGCCAGCCGGAGGCGGCUGGAGGAGUCCGUCUCCUCCACAGGUGGAGCCGCCGCCCCCCGCCGGGCGGAGGGAGGGCGGAGCCGCCGUCCUGACGCCGGUCAUGAGGGCGCUGAUCGAGCUGGAGGAGACCCGGGCCACGCAGACCCGGGCACCCUGGCUCGGCAGUCCCAGGACCACCGUGGGCUUCCUGGAGCGCCGCCACAAGGAGUCCAUCCAGGAGAGGGUGGAGCUGGACCCCGGAGGGGGAGGGGGAGGGGCUGGGGGAGGAGGGGGCGGAGCCAGGAGGAGCAGCGCGGUGGAGAAAGCUGCAGCUCUGCUCAGAACUCAGAGGAGUCUGAGUCCAGAAGGAACCAGAUCAGCUUCACUGCCUCCUCCUGCUCAGAGAGCCAACACACACACUCCCAUGAAGAGAGAGACGCUGUUGGCUCCUCUCUCGGGUAAAUCCAGCCCGAAGCGCUGCCCCACCGAGAACUACUCCACCGCCUUCGGACACCCGCUGCCCCGGGAGGAGCACCUGCGCCCCGGGACGGACGGACAGGCGGACCGGAGACGUCACUCCUUCACCAGCAGCAGGAAGAGGCUGCAGUUCAGCACAGACGGAGAGCCAGGUGGCUACACCGUCCGCUACACCCUGACUGCUACACCCUGACCGCUACACCCAUCCCCCCCCCAGACUGACUGUUCUCUGUUUUCCUGUUCUGCCUCCUCAGACUGGUCCGGACCCCCGGGGCCCCCCGCCGGUGCGGAGGAGGUGGACCGGGUCCAGUCGCUGUCGGAGGCGGAGCGGCUGUUCGACCGGCUGACGCAGGAGAAGCAGCAGGUAGAAGCAGCUCUCAGUCGUCUUCCCUCUUCUGGACUCAGAGUGUCUCUUCAGUCCAGGUUGGACGAGGUGGCCUUAGAGAAGCGUCUGGAGCGUCUGAACCGAGAGCUGGGCUCCCUGAGGAUGGUCCUGAAGAGGUUCCACGUCCUGCGCUCGUCCGCCAACACAUAGCCGUCUGAGUGUGUGUGUGUGUGAGUGUGUGUGUGUGUGUGUGUGAGUGCGUGCGCAGCUGAGUGCGAGUGUGUGUUUUUCUACCGCUCUCUUCUUCUCGGGGACCUUUUUGACAGAAUUGAGGAGCAGAUUUCUAUUUUUAGUAAAAGCACAGAUUUUUACUUUUGUAGUCCCGGACAUCGAUCCGAUCGAUCUGAUUGGUUGAUCGAUCGGCGGCCAUGUUGGAUCGUCUCCACUGCCUGUUUCCAUUUCAGCUGAUUGUUCGAACCUGGAGCGCUUCUUGACUUGAAUUUCUUUUUUUAUUCUUCGUUUACAUUCCACAUCACACACACACACACACACACACACACACUCACACUCACACUCACACUCACACUCACACACACACACACACACACACACACACACACACACACACACACGGACCUCACUGCUUUUUAUGUUCUGCUUUGUCAUGAACGUCACUGGAACUAAAAUGUUGCACAAUAAAUGAAGUUUUUUACAUGAA